UGCUCUCAUCUUCUAAGAUUGGUCAACAACUUUUCAGUUUACGCUCCGAAAUCUAUUUCUUGUUUCUUUUUUUCUCUGGUUAUCUUAAUUUGGGAAAGUGACUGAAAUUUUUGGUCAUUGAUCCAAUUUCUUCCAUAUCCUUCUAUGUCCACUCAAACAGCUUCCUCCUCCUCCUCCUCCUCCUCCUCUUCUUCUUCUUCUUCUUUGAAAUACGAUGUGUUCCUUAGUUUUUGCAGAGUUGACACCUGCAAGAAUUUUACAGACCAUCUCUAUAUUGCUUUGAGACAAAAGGGUAUUAUCACCUUCAGGGACGAUGAUGAGAUACUUGAGCAAGGAAAGUAUAUUUCUUCACAGCUCUUGAAAGCAAUAGAAGAGUCCAAGUAUGCAAUCAUCAUUCUCUCAACAAACUAUGCUUCUUCAAGGUGGUGCUUGAUUCAACUAGCUAAGAUUGUUGAAUGCAUAGAAGAGACCAAGUUGACAGUUUUGCCCAUCUUUUACCAUGUUGAUCCCUCCGAUGUACGGAACCAGACGGGUACUCUUGCUGAAGCCUUUGAGAAGCAUGAAAAAGAUCCCAAGAUUAACAGAGAGGAUGUGCAAGCAUGGAAAGCUGCUUUGAAAGAAGUGGGCAAUAUCUCUGGAUGGGAUUUACAUGAUAGGCAUGAAUCAUUAAUUAUCCAAGAAAUCCUUGAACGGAUAUCUAGUGAAUUGAAUCUUAUAUUUCAAAGUACCAUUUCCAAGCAACUUGUAGGAAUAGAAUCCCCUGUGUUGGAAAUGUUGGAUUUAUAUUUAGUUGAAGGGUUGGGUGGUGUUCGUUUUGUUGGGAUUUGUGGGAUGGGUGGAAUGGGUAAAACAACUCUUGCACUAGAAAUUUAUGAAAGAAUUUCUAGUAGCUUUGAAGCUAGCAGCUUUAUAGCUAAUGUAAGAGAAAAAACUAAAAAUCAUCAGCUAGUUUCUUUACAAGAACAACUUCUUUCUAACAUCCUUAAGGGAAGUAAAAAAAAUAUAUCGAAUGUUUUUGAGGGGAUCAAUCUUAUAGGGAAUAGACUACGUAACAAAAAGGUUCUUAUUGUUCUUGAUGAUGUGGAUGGAGAUGAACAACUAGAAGCAUUAGUUGGGAACCAUGAUUGGUUUGGUUCAGGGAGUAGAAUCGUUGUAACAAGUAGAGAUAUGCACUUGUUGAGAAGACGUGGUAUGAAUGAUAUAUAUACAGUCAAGGGAUUGAAUGACAAUGAUGCUUUGCAGCUUUUUAGUUGGAGAGCUUUCAAGAAACCCUAUCCUGAAGAAAAUUAUGUGGAUUUGUCUAAGGACUUGGUGAAUUAUGCAAAUGGCCUUCCUUUGGCUCUUAAAGUUUUAGGUUCUUUGUUGUUUGAAAAAAGAAUAGAUGAAUGGAAAAGUGCCUUAUAUAAACUAAAACAAGAACCUGAUAGAAACAUUCUAAAUAUACUUCAAAUAAGUUUUGAUGGUCUGAUGUAUACCCAAAAGGAAUUGUUUUUGGAUAUUGCAUGUUUUUUCAAAGGAAAGAACAAAGAUUACAUAAGAGAUAUACUAGAAAGUUUUGGUUACUAUCCAGACUACAAUAUUGAUGUUCUUAUAGACAAAUCGCUCAUAACCAUUGGUAGAGAUAGAAUUUUGUUGAUGCAUGAAUAUUUGUGGAUGCAUGAUUUGCUACAAGAAAUGGGCCAAGAAAUUGUUCGUCGUGAAUCCCCUGAAGAGCCUGGUUGUCGAAGUAGGUUAUGGCUUUAUGAGGAUGUUAUUCACAUAUUGAAGAAUAAUACUGGAACAGAGGUAGUUGAAGGCAUAAUGCUAAACAUGCCUAUUGAAGCAAAGGAACACUUGAGUGCUAAAGCCUUCUCAAAGAUGAAAAAUUUGAGAUUUCUUAAAAUUGGUUAUGUGCAUACUCCACAAGACCUCAUUGGAGGUCCUAUCCAACUUCCACAGGGCCUUAAUUAUCUUUCUAAUGAGUUACGCGUAAUUGAUUGGCAUGGAUAUCCUUUAAAAUCCAUGCCGACCAAUUUCCAACCAAAUAAACUUGUUGAACUAAUAAUGCAUUGUAGCGACAUCAAACAACUAUGGAAAGGAAUUAUAAUUUUAAAUGAGUUAAAACUCAUUGACUUAAGUGACUCUCGAAACUUGAUUGAGAUCCCGGACCUAAGUGGAGCCCCAAAUCUUAAACAAUUAAUUCUUCGAAGUUGUACAAGACUGUAUAAGAUUCAUGCAUCUAUUGGAGAUCUCAAACGGCUUAUUCGAUUGGAUUUGAAUGGCUGCAAAUGUCUCAAAAGCCUUCCUCACAAGAUCAGCUUGGAAGCUCUUGAAUAUUUCAACCUUGGCGGUUGUUCAAAAUUGAAGAAGUUUCCAGAGAUUGUGGAAAAUAUGUCAUGUUUGUCAAAACUUUGUUUGAGGGAGACUGCUAUAAAAGAUGCAUCAUUAUUAGUGGAACGCUCAACUAGCCUUAUAGACUUGGAUUUAAGAGAUUGUAAAAACCUUUCAAGUCUCCCUAUUGCAAUUUGUAGUCUGACGUCUUUAAAGACUCUUAAAAUAUCUGACUGCUCAAAACUUGACAAAUUGCCAGAGAACUUGGGAAAUAUUGAAGGCCUAAAGGAGCUAGAUGGGAGUAGAACUGCUAUAAAAGAGUUACCUACAUCCAUGGUUCUCUUAAAAAAUCUCCAAAAUCUCUCUCUCCGUGGAUGUAAUUUUCUAUCAUCUAAACCAUCAAAUAAACUCCUCAAUUUUCCUUUAUUGCAAAGAAGAAGUCUAGAUCCCAUGGGCAUGUCAAUGCUUGCUCUAUCAGGCUUGUCCUCCUUGACCUAUAUGAAUCUAAGUUAUUGCAAGCUACAGGCAGUCCCUGAUGUUAUUGGUUGUUUGUCCUCUUUAAGAAAUUUAAAUCUAAAGGGAAAUAAUUUCGUUUCCCUUCCUGAAGAUAUCAUUCGACUACCUAAACUAGAUUCUCUUUAUUUGAGUGGUUGCACUAAUCUACGAUCACUGCCACAGCUUCCAUUAAGUAUUGAUUAUUUGGAGGCAGAAGGUUGUUCCUCACUCGAAACAUUACCCUUAAGACCAGAAGAAGAUUUUCAUCCACAUCUUUAUCUUCUUAACUGCUUCAAAUUAAAUGACAAUCAAGAUUACGGUGGCAUGUUCUUAACAAUGCUGAGACGUUACAUUCAGAGACCAGAUUUAGGUCUCCAAAAUAUUCUUAUACCUGGAAGUAGAAUUCCGAAAUGGUUUAGCCAUCAAAGUGAGGGGGCUUCAUUGAAUCUGCAAGAGCCUCCAGGUUUUAUAGGAAUUGCUAUCUGUGUUAUUUUUGUACUCUGCGAGCAUUAUCCACUCCAACAUCCUCUGGAAAGUUCGGAAAAUCAUCCAGUUACGCAUUUUAUUUAUUUUCUCUGUAAUGUCAAUGGAUAUAAAGUUCCAGAUUACUUAAGCUUUGGUUUUUCCGAGCAAUCUGGUAAGAUUGAUUCAAAUCACCUUUGGAUAAAAUAUUUUUCUAUGGAAGGGCUAUGGGACAAGAUAUUGAGUCAAGUCGAUGCUAAUGAUCAAUUGAGUCAGGUUGAUGUUGGAAUUGAAAUCGAAGGUACAGGCUUGGAGGUGACGAGAUGCGGGGCUCGUUUGGUAUAUGAGCAAGACAUUGAAGAUCUCAAACAAAAUAUGGCUGGUUCCUGCAGCUGCAGCAUCACUCCUUAUGAGGAUGAUUUAGACAAUUCAGCAAAAGAUACCACAAUUAAGCGAAGUCAUGAUGACCAUGAUGGGGAUGGGGAUGGACCUAGUGGAGAAGUUACCUAUAAUGAGGUAGAUGUACCCCACCCAAAGAGGAUACGGCUCCCUGAUUUAAUUGAAAGAUUCAUUCCACGUUUGGGAAAUUGGAUUGGGAAUUCAAGCACACAAGAACAAGGUGACUCUGAUUGUGAGGAAGAGAAAUCCCAGUGAAAUUGGUAGCUUUGAUGAAUUUGCAAGGCUGAUACACUAUUUUUCUCUGACUUUUUUUUGGCCUGAGUGAUUUUGUUGUUAAUCCAGCAACAAAACUAACCCCAUAGGACUUGCAUCAGGGUUUUUGCUCUCAGGUAUGUGUGUGGAAUGUUAAGCCUCUAUAUAUUUGGUGUGGUAGUAUUUAUCAUCUGAAGUUACUCAGGGCCCAAAUUUAUCAGGGCCUUCUUAAUACGCAUUGACAAUUAGUAAUGAAUAUGAUGAUGACCCAAAGAGAAUGGUAGAUUGAGCAAGUGGACAUUCUUGCCAGUUAAAUUAUCUGAUAUUCAUGCUGUCAGACUCAAAAAUGCUUGUGGCUCAACAUACCCUUAAUGGAAGAACACUUGUGGUUUGAGUUGCUACCCCAAAGGCAAGUUCUGUUCCUAUCUUAUAAGAAUUCUUUCUUUACAUGGAUUA